CUGGUAAACUAUUUUUUCAAGACGUCUUGCUAACUUGGCAGACUAUUUCCAAAAUGGUAGAACAAGAUUAAAGCUAAUAUAUAAAUUAAUUUUCAUAUUGAAAGGUGGUGGGUAUGCAGAAUUUGUGUCUGUUAAUGAAGCAUUAGUUAUGCCAGUUCCGGCAAAUCUUGCUCUCUCGGAUGCCGCUGCCAUUCCAGAGGUGUGGCUCACUGCUUACCAACUGCUACAUCUAUUAGCUGGUGUCAAGUCGCGUGAGUGUGUGCUGGUGCACGCGGCAGGGAGUGGAGUGGGAACUGCAGCGAUACAGCUGGCCAAACUUGCAGGUGCUAGGGCAUUAGCCACUGCAGGAUCACAGGAAAAAUUAGACAUGGCAGAAAAGAUGGGAGCAGAGGGAACUGCCAACUACAAGAACGAGGAUUUCUCGGAGAUGGUGCUUAAGAAAACAAAUGGUAAUUUUUCUACCAUAUACAUGUAAACGUUGGAAACGUCGUGUCGGCGUGCGCAUUUCUAUCCUGAGCUUACUGUACAUAUUAACAAUAAUAUGUACUGUAAAAUUAAGCUUAACUCUAAUAACUAAAAUUGAAUGUUUAUAAAUAUUAUGUAAUUGAGUUUAAGAUUGCAUACUUGAUAGUAAUAUAGGGCGUAAAAAAAAAAUACCUGUGGUUCCGGUUCCCGACCGACCCUAUUUUUUUCUGCCGACCCUAUUAUUUUUUCAACGCGAUUGACCGUGCGACCCUAUUUUCUCCAGGUGGUUGCGGGCUGCUCGUACAGCGUGCCAAAAUGGCGUCUGUUGUCACACUAAUUAUUGAACCAAAUUGCCUAAAUUCGUCCAUAGGAAAUACGCAUCUCUAGUUAAUAUUGAUGUUGGGACUCUACUGCAAAUCGCCCAGCAAAAAACUGCCAAAACCAUGAAAAAAAUAUUCAAAAAAAAAACUUAUUUCCGACCUAUACCGACCCUAAUUUUUUCACGAUAUGAAACCGGAACCACAGGUAUUUUUUUACGCCUAGUGUAAACAGUAUAACCGCGUUUCUGUUUUUCUUCAAAUGUAGGCGCUGGAGCUAAUAUUAUUCUGGAUUGCGUUGGAAGUUCGUUUGUUGAUAAAAAUCUUGCAAGUAUUGCUACAGACGGACGAUGGAUAUUGUACGGCUUACUUGGUGGUGCAAAUGUUGAAGGACGAUUUCUUGGUGCCUUACUUCGGAAAAGGAUAUCGCUCAUCGCAACUACAUUAAGAAGUAGAUCGCUUGAAGUAAGUAAAUCAGACCAAGGUACCAAAACCACCAGAAAAUUGAGAUGGAUAGGGGUUCCUGAAAGAUACAAGUAAAACUUCGACGUUUCGAGCGAAAGCCCUUUGUCGGGAAGCUUAAGUAUAGCAUGGUUAAAUUAUCAUUUAUCUGAUAACGUCUGAGCAAGCGCCUUUCACAUCUGAGAUCGCGUGGGUUCGAUUCUCGCUACGGACUCAUGAUGUGAAAAGAGUCAUUCAACGCUCUGCCGAAAAUCGUGGGUUUUCUCCGGCCCCUCCGGUUUCCUCCCACUGGGAAAGCUGUCAGGGUGGAUUAGGCCAAACAUAUAGUUAGGAAAGUAAUAUCGCGAUUGUUCUAAAGAUAAUUAGUCUAGACUUAGUUGGCAAUACGUAAGCGUAAUACUGGAUGUAAUCGGUCACUGAAAAGCCACGUUGGGGAGUGAGCUGAAUAAUAUAUGUGUGUAUGUAUGUAUCUGAUUGAGGUUUUUUGUCACCUGUUUCCUUUUAUAUUCACUAGUAUAAAAGCACAUGUACAUGUAUUUUCCUGACCCAUAAUCAUGCUAUACUAACUUCCAAACUAUAAGGAUCUCGCUCGAAACGUCGACGUUUUACAGUAUACUCGUAUUUUUCUAUAUCCAUCUCAAUUUUCAAGGAUAAUAUUGACUGCAUUAAUUAUUAGUGCUUUAUCUGUAAUAUAUAGCUGAAACUAAAAGGCACUCGGAGACUGCAUGCCUCCACCAGCGAAUUAAGUUAUGUAGUCAUGCAAAGCUUUUAUCUAAAUUACGAUGGUAUGGAAUAGAAGGUCCCUUGCUACAGUGGUUUGACUGGUUUCAUUAAUAUCUAACUGAAAGAAAGUAAAGAGUAGUUAUAAACGGUAAACAUUCUGCAUGGGCGGAAGUAAGAUUUGUAUUUGUACACUUGUUGCAUAUAAUAUAUUUUGUUCAUUAAUUAAAUUAAUUCUUCCACGGACAACAAUUACCAAAGAAAUUGCGUUUAACGCACACAAUCCGUCAUUGCAUGCAUAUUUCACGGGAAAAAAUACUGGCAAUCCACGUCUCACGAAAAUACCCCAUAUACCACCCUCACAUUUAAUAUAAUAGGAGCAAGGGGAGAAAUUAAAUCUAGUCUUAUAUUCUUUGCACAAAGAUUGAAAGCUCAAAUAAAUAAGCCUGGUGUUUCCACAAAACAAAACCAUUCCACAUUUCUACAAGCAGAAAGGUAUGAUCGAAUAAAAUUAGAUAUUAUGGUUAAUUCUUUCACCAUUUAGUACAAGAAGCAUUUGGUAGAAGCAUUCAGUCAACAUGCCUUACCAAGUUUUCACACAGAGACCCUUAAACCAGUAGUCGACACGAUUUUCAAGAUAGCAGACAUUCAACAGGCUCAUUUGAUGAUGGAAAGUAAUAAAAACAUUGGGAAAAUUGUUGUUGAAGUAAGAAAAGAAAAUGUAAAAGAUGAACUUUAAAGAUUACUACUUAACUGUACUACUUGUACUGCAAUGUAGUCGUAGACACACAGUCAAUCAACAGUGCUGUACUUGAAUCGUUUAAAGUACUUAUGUAACGAAAUUUCACACCAUUAUUUUAAAAUUGCAUUGUUAAAAAAGUUCAAAAUUAGC